AUCGGACACGCUUCUAUACCGAGACGGCAAAACGCAGGCUCCUCAUGAUGACACUUCUGAUAACACUUCUAUGUUUCUCCCGCUUUUAAGAAAAUCUGUGCAGCAUGGAAAACUUAUUUCUGACUAAAGCGAUUGCGCUUCGACCGAGUAUGUUACUCAAAUAAGAACACUUCCGAAAAGCAAGAUGCAAUUUAAAUUCAUUAUGACGGCCUUCUUCUUAACUUCUCUGUCGUUAGCAUCCAACAUCUCUCCCAUCAAAGUCGUUGUGGAUGCGAUACCGUUAAGUGCUGCUGGAUGUUCUGUGGAGGAGGGCUCGAGCCAAGUUGUGAAAAUCAUAGAAUUUAGCUUUGGUCAACUCGACACCCAUCCAGGGGAUAUCCCACCACGCCUUAGCAUAGCGACCAUCUCUUUCUUCGUGACAAACCCCGUAGGAUGGUCACAAGCGUGUAGCGGCUUCAUAGUACAGCAGCAGGACGGUGAGUGGCAGGAUAAAGAUGGAUCUGUUUGGUUCAAAUGCGGAACGGAGAGCACGCCAGACCCCACGUGUUGGAACUGCACGCAUUUCCAAUCUGGAUGGGGGCAUGGGAGUCCAGGGUGGCAUUUCGCUAUCAAUCAAACUUGGCCUUGCACAAGUCCUGGGAGUGCGUGCAAAACUUCCUACCAGUUCUCUGGGUCGACUACAUUGAAGCCCGACUGUAUCACCGAUACGAAUUCAUACACGAGCUGCACUGCACCAGACUUUUCGCUAACCCUUAAAGUACAUGGCCGUGGAACUAGCGAUCCUGGGUGUGAAGAGGAGGUCCAUAACCUCUCUUAAUCACCUAGAAUUACCUAGAUGGAACUAGAUUUUCCUGUAACUGAGAAUAUGUGAUGAUUAUUGUGAGUGGUAAUACCACUCAUGGUCAGAUAGGCUGUAAUAGGAAUUGUGCUAUUAAGAAU